GUUGUCAUGACGUGGGUCUAUCCGCCUCCGCCGUACUGGUCUGCUUCCAGUGAUCGAGACACUGCUGCUGCCGACGAGCACAAGACUGGUCAGCUCCCCACCGAGACACACAGCAUUUACUCGGCCUGGUUAACAGCCCUGUUGUCGGCUAUGAUGAGGUGGUGACCCUGGGUCGGCCAGGCCGUGAGAUGAUUGCAGCUUGGCACAGGGAGAAAGACGGAGCAGAGUGAUUGAGAAAGAAGAAUGGGCAGGAGCGCCUGGGGCUGCUGGCAAAGCGUUGUCUCUACUGCAGUGCUCUACGGCUCUUUGGCCUUGUUCACCUCCAUCCUCCACAAUGUGUUCCUCCUUUAUUACGUGGAGACCUUCGUGUCCAUCUACAAGAUUGAUAAAAUCUCCUUCUGGGUGGGAGAGGCAGUGUUCCUAAUAUGGAACAGUCUGAAUGACCCUCUCUUCGGCUGGCUGAGUGACCGGGCCUUCCUCAGCUCUCCUCAGUCAGGCCCUCAGAUCACAACUCCAGAGGUGGUGCUGAAGCGCCUGAAGGCCCUCUCCACAAAUGGCCCUCUCUUCGCUCUGUCGUUCCUGGCCUUCUGGGUGGCGUGGGCCAGACCGGGACUGCAGUUCCUGCUGUGUCUGUGUCUUUACGAUGGUUUCCUCACAAUGGUGGACCUCCACCACAGCGCCCUGCUGGCUGACCUCGCCGUGUCCGCCACUGAUCGCACACGCCUCAACUUCCACUGCUCCGUGUUCAGCGCUUUGGGCUCAAUCUCCGUAUUUCUGUCCUACUCCUUCUGGGACAAGGAGGAUUUUUACUCCUUCCGUCUCUUCUGUGUGACUCUCGCAGCUUUUUCCAUCUUGGGCUUUUUCUCAGUGUCUCAGUUGUUGCAGCGUCGUUUCCAAAAGGAAGUCCGUCCAAGACAGGACGAGGCGCUGACACUCAAAGAGCUGAGUGUUGGCCAUGCUCCACCUAGCCAGCCAGAAAAAGCUGUCACUGUUGGACAGUACCUUAAGCAGCUAUCCAAACACAAGAACUUCAUGUGGUUUGUGUCUAUGAACCUUGUUCAGGUGUUUCACUGCCAUUUCAACAGCAACUUCUUCCCUCUUUUCCUGGAACAUCUGCUGUCUGACAAUAUUUCUGCCUCUACAGGUUCAAUCUUACUCGGCAUCUCUUACAUUGCCCCCCACCUGAACAACUUGUAUUUCCUGACACUGUGCCAGCGUUACGGGGUUUACCAGGUUAUCCGCUGGCUAUUUAUGCUCAAACUGGGACUUAGUGUGGCUAUGCUGCUGGCAGGGGCUGACCACAUUUAUCUGCUGUGCAUCUUCAUUGCUAGUAACCGGGUGUUUACAGAAGGGACGUGCAAGCUGCUGAAACUGGUCAUCUCCGACCUGGUGGACGAGGACUUUGUGGUCAACCGCCGUCAGCAGGCCACCUCUGCUCUCCUCUUCGGGAUGGUCGCCUUGUUGACCAAACCUGGCCAGACGUUCGCCCCUCUCAUCGGCACCUGGCUGCUGUGUGUUUACACAGGUUAUGAUAUUUUCGAGAGGCAACCCGUGAAGGACUCUCUGGUUUCCGUGCCUGACGUUGCCUCUGGCUCAGGGACUCCGCCUCUACGCCUGGGCUGCUUCUACAUGUUGGUGUUCGUGCCUAUCACGUGUGCCCUGCUCCAGCUGGCCGCCUGGUCUCGCUUCACACUUCACGGCCGCAAGCUGCAGGGGAUCAAGACCCUGAGGCAAGGGGCCCAGCACGGCCACCUUAUCGAUGUCAAGGCCAUAUGAAGCUGGGUGAAGCUGCACACAGACACUUUGAAACGGUCGCUUUUACAAUCCCUUAGUGCAGCUCAGCCUCGUGUGCAAGGAUAUGAACCACAGCAUGUGGCUUUGUGGACAGCGGAAAUGCACAGUCGGCUAACAAAUCCCACUGGGAAGAACAUAAAGUAACAUUUUAAAAAAUGAAACCUGCCUUAUUUUUAUAUUAGAAUAUUGACCUAUAUUUAUAUUUGAACAGAUGACCAAAAGAGUAGAACCAAUUAGUCCUUUUUGGAUGUGGAAGGACCAAGGUGACAACUUUUCAUAGUGUGCGCCAAAGAUGGGCUGCCCUCUUUUAACUGUAAAGCAUAACUCCUGUAAAGAGUACAGACUGAAUACCACUGCUGCUAGGUUAUCUGUCAGUAACAUCGGCCUGAUUUAAAAACCUGAAGGAGGGGAGGUUUAACACAGAGCUACAUUUCUGAUUUCUGAUGUUACUAACAAAGUGAAGAACAUGAAAUAAACUUGCAUUAAUGUGUUCAGAGUGCCGCUGAACCUGCUGUUGAACCUGCAUGGAAUCAACUCCAGAGCUGAUUAAUUGUUUCUUUACAUUUACGCGGAACGCCCUGCCAGUUUGAUGUUGAGAACUGUAUUUUCUGAGACGUACAGUAUUGAUGAUGAUGUUUUUGCACAAAACUGCCAUUUGUCUGUUGUACUUCUAACAUUCUGAUUGUGACAUAUUUUAUGUACUGUAAUAACAGCCGUUGGAAUUAGGAAACUAAUGCUGGUAACCAUGUUGUCAGUUCACUUUUGUAAUUCUUUUCAGAUUAUAAAAAGAAUGUGUGGCGUAACCACAAAUAAAAUCUUGUCUACGUUGAAGGUGAACCAAA